AUGGUGUUAGGAGGCUUGUCCCAUCCCCAUUCGGCUGCCACCACUCCAAAAAUCCCCCUCGGGAUCCAUCCCCAACCUACCAGCCUCCUCCUUCCCGAUCCAUCCAACCACCACAGCCCACGCAGACCUCCCCGUUCCCCUCGUCGCGAGCCAGGCAGAGGAGCUCCCUGCCGCCUCCCACCUCCUCGUCCCCGUGCCCACAGCCGCGGAGCUGUAGCUGUCACGCCAAGGUCGGCGCCCCUCUGCUCAGCUCGCCUCGGACCAGCAGCAGGUCUGGACGACCUCAAGCAGGCAUGGCCACCCGAGAGGCCUAGCCCCGAGGAGACCCCAUGUCGCCUUCGUCCUUGCCAUCUCCGGCCAGAUCCGGAGGUUCGCCGCCCCUCUCCGUCCCCGCAUUCCCGCGUUGCCGCCGCCUUGCUCCGUCCUCGCCGGGUCUCUCGCGCGCCCGAGCUCCACCUUGCGUGUCCGCCUCCUCGUCCUCAUGGCCGAAGCAACCGAACAGGAGGCCGAGCGCCCAAGCCCAGCAGCCGUGCGCCACCUCCCUCGACCAGCCGGAGCUUCUUCGUCAGCCUCGUCGCCGUCACGUGCCCCCUCCUCCCGUCCUUCUCCUGCUCGUCUUCCCCUCUGUCUCUCAUCCCUCUCGUUUUCUCUCUGACCAGGAGAACUAGCUGCCGCCAACAUCGCCGGAGAUGGACCCCCGACGCCCAGAUCCGCUCGCCUUCACUGCCUCGGCGCCGUCCCUGUCGCCGUCGUCUUCAUCGGUUCCUGACGAGGACGGCGCCCCUCCAGUUCGUCUCGAGCGCCAGUCUUUGCCCGAUCUGGUCCCCGUUGACCGCGAGCAUUGGCUGGGUCACAGCUGCGCAGGCCCAGCUCCCUUCGCCCGCGAGCCCAGCUCCGCGCGUCCCUGCAGGCCCAAUCUUCGGUUUCGUUCUGGAGUUGUGAGGAUUCGUUCGACUACGUCCGCUUGUCUUCUUCAUGGACUCGUUCUUCUUCUUUGCGGGAUCUCAGG